GUCUUCUUUCAUUUCAUUCCUCCGAUCCUUCAGUACUAUUUGUAGGCAGUACGUGAAAAUGUACUCGCCGGAAUCAGUGAGGAAUCAUGUCGACGUCUCCCUCGAGCUGGCGAAUCACGUCUUCUCCACCGUCACCAAAACAGAAUCCAACCUCGUCUUCUCCCCUCUCUCCAUCAGCGUCUUAUUGGGCCUCCUCGCCGCCGGCUCCGGCGGCCAGUCUCUCCUCGAGCUCCUCGACUUCCUCAAAUCCGACUCCGCCGACGAUCUCAAAGCCUUCUUUUCUCAGGUCGUCUCCGCCGUAUUCGCCGACGGCAGUCCUGCCGGAGGCCCGCGGUUGUCGGCGGCGAACGGCGCGUGGAUCCAGCAGACUCUGCCUUUGAAGGCUUCCUUCAAGCAUGUCGCGGACACUGCUUACAAGGCCGCCUGUGAAUCGGUCGAUUUCCACAGAAAGGCAAAUGAAGUGGCUAAAGAGGUGAAUUUGUGGGUUGAGAAGGAGACGGGCGGUCUUAUCAAAGACAUACUUCCUGCCUGUGCCGUCGACAGUAGAACUGAUUUCAUUUUAGCAAAUGCAUUGUAUUUCAAAGGAGAGUGGGUUGAGAAGUUUGAUGCGUCAAAGACGAAGGGCGGCGCGUUCCACCUCCUUAAUGGGAGCUCCAUACAAGCCCCAUUCAUGUGCAGUAAGAAGAAACAGUGUGUGGAUGCUUUUGAUGGUUUCAAAGUAUUGAAGCUACCCUAUGAACAAGGGGAGGAUAAACGCCGUUGUUUCUCCAUGUACAUCUUCUUGCCGGAUGCCAAGGACGGGUUGCCAUCUUUGAUGCAUGAGGUCUCUUCUGAUUCUGGGCUAUUGGAGCGUUGCCUUCCCUCUAAUAAUCCAGUUAGAGUGGGUAAGUUCCGCAUCCCAAAGUUCAAGUUGUCAUUUGGGCUUGAGGUCUCGGACGUUCUCAAGGAACUUGGGGUGGUGUCUCCUUUUGCUGGAGGAGGAGGAGAGGGCCUCACGGAGAUAGUGGACGGCAGGACUAAACUCUAUGUUUCACAAAUAUUCCACAAGUCUUUUAUUGAGGUCAAUGAAGAUGGCACAGAAGCUGCAGCUGCCACCGCAGCAAUUGCUACGAGGGGAGCUUCAAGGGAAGAAGCGUUGGAUUUUGUGGCCGAUCAUCCCUUUCUCUUUUUUAUUCGGGAAGAUUCAACUGGACUCAUUCUCUUCAUCGGGAAUGUGAUUAAUCCUCUUUCGGUUAAUUACAACUCACAUAAGCCAAAAUCCGUCCUCGCUAACUCACAAAACCCAAAAUCCUUUGCUGCUCGUCUAUUUGGCUGUACCAUUGUCUAAUUUAAUGUACUAAUAAGAGUCUAAGAGUACGUGUACGUGAAGCUCAAUCAACAUACAUAUGGUUCACCACUAAACUCAUGCUUUCUUCAACACAACUCGGUAGUCAUAUACUAUUGGGCAUGUACAAAGGAAAGAAAAUAAACUCACGUUC